UUUAUAACUUUCCCGACGUCCUCUGCGCCCAUCUCCAGUUUGGCGUAAGACUCUCUCUUUUCCAUUUAACAUGCGGCACAGACGGACGUCACAAUGGAGGGUCUUGGCCCUCCUUGUUGCUAUUUGUCUUUCUGGGGUUGCGCGAGCUUCACUGGGCGAUAGACUGCCUGAUUUCAAGGAAUGCGUCAAGCAAUGUACUGAAUCGAACUGUGUGCCAGGAGGCCCUUCAAUACCCCUGCAACGCCGCCUCUUGCUUUGGGACUGUACAUCCGAAUGCGAUUAUUCUUGCCAGCACAUAAUUACCGACUUGCGCGAAGCUCGAGAGCCUCCCUAUCGUGAGCCCGUUCUCCAAUUUCACGGCAAAUGGCCUUUCUACCGUUUCCUUGGUAUGCAGGAGCCCUUCUCCGUGCUUUUCUCUUUCCUAAACUUCCUUGCCCACGACUAUGGCAUGACACGUUUACGAGAGGCUGUGCCCAAAUCCUACCCGCUACGCAAAUAUUACAUAAUGUUUGGUUACUUUGGCCUGGCAAGUUGGGUGUUCAGCAUGAUCUUUCACACACGCGACUUCAAUAUCACGGAAAAGCUGGAUUACUUUGGCGCUGGUGCCAGUGUCAUGUAUGGCCUGUACUAUACGCCUAUUCGGAUAUUCCGCUUAUACCGCACGAGUGAAGACCCAAAGCGCGCUUCGCUGCUCAGGAUAUGGACGGUUACAUGCGUAGGACUGUACUUGAUGCAUGUUUCAUACCUCACAUUCUGGAGCUGGGACUACACGUACAACAUGGCUGCAAAUGUAGUAUGUGGAAUCAUUCAAAACAUAUUGUGGACAUGGUUUUCCAUACGAAGAUACAGGAAAGGCGGACAAAGUUGGACGGCGUGGCCUGGUCUAAUCGUGGCAUGGAUAAUUCUCGCGAUGAGCUUGGAGCUAUUUGAUUUCCCCCCUUGGGGUAGAAUGAUAGACGCACACAGCCUAUGGCAUCUAGGGACGGUAGGACCAACCAUCUGGUGGUAUACAUUUCUGAUUAAGGACGCACAAGAGGAUCUACAGAGUAUGAGAUUGAAGGCCAAUGGCGAUGAGUCCACGAAACGCCAUUGAUAUUCCCAAAAUCUGUCAGUCCUCAAACCACAGCAGAGUUGCCUACUGUCCACAUUGUAAUAUUUGUCGUCAGAUUUGCAUAUUUGCUAGCCAAACUAUACGGGCCAUUCCUUUACAAUCCCCCUAUUCAUCAUAUCUAAGUUCUGUAUUGUUUGGUUUGCGCUAUCUCGUCCGUGUUAUACGACCAGUUCGGAUCAAUUUUUUGUGUUAUCCUGGUUUGCGCGUUAUACCCACGUCAACAGCAUCACAAGCGUCAAUGUAUUGCGAAGCGAAUUCCUUCGAAUCAGGAUUCUUUGUGGUAAAUACCUUCUUCAAUGAUAUCAAGACCGCUAGCUGCUCUUUGUUCACUAGAAAACUACGAAUUUCUAGCCUUUUGACAGCUGGCAGUGCUCUUACCGCAUCUCCCAUCAAUACUAUAAGUAGAAAGCUUGGUUACUCGACUGUAUAAUUACACAUAUGGUGUACUCUCUUCUCAGCCGACAUGAGUUUCAGGCUUUCUAAUUGUUAGUCCAUCUUUCCUAAAUGACGCACGAUACGAUAACAAGCUGUAGCAAGGAUACAUGCCGUCCAUGCCGUUGUAGCCAAUCAUUCGCGAGUCAAGAGAUGUACUUAGCCACCACCAAAACACAGUCUUCACCGGAUCGCAAGGCUACAUAGCCAAAGUAGCUAAAUCCAGACUUGAAAAAAGAGGAAUUUCGUAGAGGUUCAAUCUAC